AUGUCGGACGACUCAUCUAUCAAGCCGUCUGCCGAGCCAGACGUUGCUGCCGCUCUCCCGGACUCACAGGAAUGCUCCGCUCCAGCGGAACCCAUACCAUCUAAAGUCCCUGCCGAUUCAGAUCCAUCUGAUAUCCUUCUACCAUUCGAGUCCCAGGAGGUGCCACAGGCUACCGAGACAUCCCUCGAUCAGCCGUCGGGUGUUCCCGGACUCGGUGAUGCUACCACCGACCUAGAAAACUCGGAAUUCUUGACCCUCCUAGAGUCAAAUCCCCCUCAAGCAUCUGAGCAGGAUGCACCGGAAGCUGCUCCUGUGACUGCUGAUGAUACUGAAGAUGUUGUCGAGCCCACAUUGUCACAAAACUCUCAACAAAAUGUCCCGGAGGUCACACUGACGGUGGAAGAUGCAACUUUAGCUGACAAUAGCGACUCAACACAGACCGAGGAACAAUCGGCAGCUCAACCGUCUGAGGAGCAGCCAAGUGUGCUUUCCAGGUCUAAUACCGCCGACUUACUUUCACGAGAUGAUAUUGUCUCAAGGACCAAUUCGUUUCCUGUUGUUGAUUCGACCAACGAACAGGCCCAGACCACGACAGCUGCACCUCCAGUUAACAGUUCCACCGAAUCGCAGCACGAUACAAAUAGCUACAUUUCCCAUGGUCCUCUCGCAGAAUCAACUGCUAAUUUGGAGAACAACCAUGUUACAUCAUCCUGGAAUGACGAUAUCGAUAACGAGGCUGAAGGUGAAGACUUUUUCGAUCAGGUCAGCACCCAGACCAAGCCAAUCUAUAUCCCACCUGAGUUUGCGGAGUCGAGGUUCGAGGAAGGACUGCCGCUGGUUGAAAACGGUGACCAGGACGAUGAGGAACAAAUUUCACGGCCUAAAAAACAAAAUGCCCUUGACUCGGUUUUUGGCCAGGAUAUGGCUACGGAUGAAGCGGGCUUUUUUAGCUCAAACUUGUCGGAUAAUGCACAGCCGUCAGAUACACCACCAACACUUCACCGGAAACAGACUUCACAAGUGCUAGACUCACUAAGAAUAGAUGAUGCAUUUCGGGGAGACGAGUCUCCUAUCGAGCCGCGCCAGUCCUCUGACGAGCAGCAUCCUACCUCAGAAGUUAUGGAUGGACAUCAGGCUUCCAACGCUGAUGUAACCCCUGCUGAAACAUUAGAUGAAAACGAGCUUGCAGAGCGUUGGAAAGCAGCUCUUGAUGAUGAUUUACUUGAUGAUGAGCUCCUUGAUGACGACCUACUCGAUAAUGAUAAUGCAGCCCCGCAGGAAAAUGAAACAUCACCAGCUCCAGUCCCAUCCCAACGCUAUACGCCCGGCAUUUCGACACAAUUACCUCAAGCUCGUCCUGCACUAACCCCAAUCAAUCCGUACGCUCCCCACCAGCCAUCAUCUUCGUCAAUGAUGGAGGGCAUAGCUCCUGCUCUCUAUGGAGAACAUGCGCAACCCAUUAGCCCGGUCGCCGGGUCUGCGGAGAGUUUCUCAAACCAACCAAAGGCUGGAUACAAAUCUCCUUAUGAUCUGCCCGAUGAUUUACAGCCAAAGCGUCGAAUCGCUCCACGGUCUGCGUCUAAUAUCAGCCAGCCAUUUCAAUCAACCCCAGAUUCCCGGCCUUCUAGCUCAUAUAGCGCAGCACCGGCACCGACACCAACCAACCCUUAUGCACCUCAGCCUCAGCCUCAGCCUCAAGCUCAGCGACCAGCGGCUCCUAAUAACUUUUUCGAGGAGCUUCCAAUAACUUCACGGUCAAGGCCAUCGACAAGAGGAAGAUAUGCUCCUCCGCCUGCGGAAACUAGUCGGCAGGCGGGCCCCGCGCCUUCGCAGCAUAAUGAACCUCAGCCUCAGGGGCAGUAUGGAUUGCAGGCACCUCCAAGAAUGGAUCCUUACGCAAACGUCCCAGCUCCUGCUGGACCAGUUGCACCGAAGUCAGCAACACAAUACUCUUCCAGGCCCACCGGGAAGCCUGCAGUAUCUGGGCGUUACUCUCCAGCUCCUCUUUCGAGCAGUGCACCCAACCACACAUACAUGCCAAAUCAUCCGGGAGUUACACUACCUUUCCAGCCAAGAACUUCGAGCCCGCUGGCACAACAUGAUUCUAGCCACGUUAGGCCUCAGGUUUAUCCAGAAACUCCCCGUGAAGGUUCUUUUGGUAACCAGGAGUCAUCUCAGCAUCUGUCUCCUCCAACUGCCCACAAUGACUUUGGGCAACGGAAUUAUGCUCCAAUCGCAAAUGCUAUAUCGUCUCCACCGUCUAGCAUGCCACCGCCUUCUGCUCCUGUACGAAUGUCUCCGCCGCGCAGAUCACAAACUCAGUCCCCUGGGAGGCGAGUUUACAGUCAGGGGCACCCAUCUGUACUACAGGAUAAUUCCCAAAGGCCUGCAUCUGCUCAUGCUCCCAGUGGCCCUGCUCCGGCUUCUCACUUCCCCCUUGCCCGCGCUAUGACGACCGAUUCACAUCCGGCACCUAGUAUUGAUUUCAUUCCUCCAGCUGACAACCACAGCCUUGAUCAGCUAGAACGUUGGAAAGGCGCUCCGAUUAUUAAGUUUGGCUUCGGCGGAUCUUUAAUUACUUCGUUUCCAAAGCGUGUUCCUCUAUACUCAACCGGGCAGCCCGCACCCCGUAUGAAACCCGUUCCAGGUGAAAUCAAAUUGCGCUCUUUCAACGAGGCCAUUCCCGAGGCUGUGAUGCCCUCUAAAUUCCCUGGCCCACUAAAGUCUAAAUCCAAAAAGAAAGAGGUUAUUACUUGGUUAUCAAGCAUGAUUUCUAGUUUCGAACAUGAGGACCCGCAAGGUCUCGUCAGCCUCACUCAGGGAGAAUACCAGACGAAGGUAGAAAAAAUCAUGCUCUGGAAGGUUCUUAAGACGCUCGUUGAGCACGACGGCGUCCUUCGAGGGGUUCCGGAGGCAGAUAAGAGUCUCCGUAGCAUUCUGUCACCAAUCACCCAACAGGAUGAUCAAGGAGCAGCUACCUUGGGUUCAACCAAUGCACUCUAUGGCAAGGAAGAGCCAGGCAAUGUUAGCCUAAACGCAAUCCAGCAUAACUUGCUCCUCGGUGAACGUGAAAAGGCUGUAUGGGAUGCUGUUGAUCAUCGACUAUGGGGUCAUGCCAUGCUACUCUCUUCAACGUUAAAUCCAUCUGUUUGGAAGCAGGUUGUUCAGGAGUUCAUUCGUCGUGAAGUACGAUCCGUGGGUGAAAAUACUCAAUCCCUUGCUGCGCUUUAUGAGGUAUUGGCCGGUAACUUCGAGGAGAGUGCCGAUGAACUAGUCCCUCUAUCUGCACGAGCUGGUUUGCAGAUGGUCAAUACCCGUACCGGCCAGGGUCCCACUGGAAACGCGCUUGAUGGGCUCAACAAAUGGCAAGAGACCUUGAGUUUGAUUUUGAGCAAUCCUAGUGCCCAAGAUGACCAGGCUAUAUUAGCACUGGGCAGGUUGCUUUCGUCUUAUGGAAGAGUAGAGGCCGCCCAUAUUUGCUUCCUGGUUGCUAGAUCUAGCACCAACCCCAUAUUUGGAAGCGUUCAGGACCCAAAUGCUUAUAUCGCCCUCAUUGGAGCUGACCACAAACGAUAUCCAUUCACCUAUAUGACUGACUCCACUACAUGUUUGCUCACUGAGGUAUACGAAUUCGCUACUUCUGUCUUGACAGCUACGCCAUCACAUGUCAUACCUCACUUGCAGGCUUUCAAGCUUCAACAUGCGAAGACUCUCGCUGAGACAGGCCACAGAUCCGAGGCCCAGCAGUAUUGCGAAGCAAUUGGCGCUCUCCUGAAAACAGCAACCAAACUCUCGCCACACUAUAACCAACGAUUCUUCAUUGAGUUGGAAGAGCUUUCAAAUCGUCUCCGCCAAUCACCCGGUGAUUCAGCGUCGUCUUGGAUGUCGAAACCCAGCAUGGAGAAGGUUUCUGGCUCAAUGUGGGCUAAAUUCAAUAGCUUCGUUGCUGGUGACGACUCUAGCCCUGAUUCUACUGAUCCGUCUAAGACUCAUGAAGACCAGGGCCCAUUUGCAAACAUUGUUGGGACACCACCAAUCGGUCAUUCACCCGGAGGACCUGAAUCGUUCGGUUCAUAUUUCCCUACACACCAACAGCAACCAGUCCCUAUUCCUACCUCGAACUCUCGGUAUGCGCCCAACAAUCAAUACGCGCAAUUUUCAUCUCCGGAUCAGCUUCGUGGCCGUCGCUCUCUAGACUCACAGCGCUCUCCCUCGCAAGGCGCAGCUGCUCGGUCAUACUCACAGAGGCGACAUUCCCAAGACCCUUCUACGGGGUAUGAGAGUAAUUACACCCCACUCACAGCUGGCAAUCCUUACACUCCGUCUGUGGCGGCUCCUCAAGCUACUUCACACUCCACGCCAUUACCCGCCCACUCGCCCCUUGCCCCUGUUGAGGAAGCUAGCUCGUCUUUGGCUCCAAGCACGACCUCGGAGCAAGCUCCUGGGCUAGGCAUGUCGGCUCCUGGACCCAGUUCAUUCCAGCCAGCCUAUCAACCCACUAAUUCUACCUACUCUCUUCCCACGCAAGGUUCCCAGGGAGGAUACGAACCUCCAUCUGAUGGCGGAUACCAACCCCCAUCUUAUGAACCACCGUCUUACGAACCACCUGCCGAUGAACCUGAGUCCCCAGAUAGUGAAGAGGCUGAGGAGAGGAAGCUCAAACCAAAGAAGAGCUUUAUGGACGAUGAUGGUGAUGAUCAUUAUAUUGGCAAAGGAGCCGCCGCAGCCACAAAUGGAGUAGAAACGGAUAGGGGACGCAGAGAUCGAGAAGCAGCCGAGCUUGUUAGGAAAGCUGCCGAAGAAGAUGCCAAACGUCCACCGUCGGAUGCAAAGAAGGGCUGGUUUACUGGCUGGUUUGGGAAGCGAGAGCCAAGCGCUUCUGGCGGCCCUAUCCGAGCCAAGUUAGGAGAACAGAGCUCUUUUUACUUUGACGAGGACCUUAAGCGGUGGGUUAACAAGAAGGACCCGAACAGUGCCACGUCCUCCACCUCUGCCUUACCACCUCCACCAAAGGGCUCAGCUGCGGGCAGCCGGUCUGCCAGUGCUGAACAACGCCCGCCGACCUCAGCGUCUAUCGCCAGCGCACCUGACGCAGUCCCCAUUCCAUUGGCUAGACAAUUUUCAGCUCAGGGUGGUCCCAAUUCACCAUAUGGCUCUGCCCCUCCAUCGUCAUCGCUGGGAGUUCCUCUUCCCGGAGGUACUCCACCUUUGACUCCAUCUUCAAGACCUGGAACUGCCCUGAGCCAUGCAAGUUCCAUUGAUGAUUUACUUGCAGCACCAUCCACCAAAAAGGGAGGUACCCUGAAGGGGCGUAAGAAAGGUCGAUAUGUUGAUGUUAUGGCAAAUUCUUGA